CGGAAAAGUCCUGAACCUCUGAGGAAAAGCCUUGCAAGAAACAAUAACAAACGGGAGGAGGAAGCGAUUCUGGGGUUUCUGUGUUGAACGGUUCUUGUCUGCGAAGAUGCGCUUCGGCCCCUGUCAGGGGACGUAAACGGACUCAGUGGGCUUCAGCCAGCUUUUCUCCACCGGUUCCCCACGGGGACUCCCCUCCCCGGCCGUUGCAAUGGCGGGCGUGGGGCCGGGGGGCUACGCGGCGGAGUUCGUGCCACCCCCAGAGUGCCCAGUCUUUGAGCCGAGCUGGGAGGAGUUCACAGAUCCGCUCAGCUUUAUCGGCCGCAUCCGGCCUUUGGCGGAGAAAACCGGUAUCUGCAAAAUUCGGCCGCCCAAGGACUGGCAGCCUCCAUUCGCCUGUGAAGUAAAAAGCUUUCGUUUCACUCCAAGAGUCCAGCGCCUGAAUGAACUUGAAGCAAUGACCAGAGUGAGAUUGGAUUUCUUGGAUCAACUAGCAAAAUUUUGGGAACUUCAAGGAUCUACUCUGAAGAUCCCUGUGGUAGAGAGAAAAAUCCUGGAUCUGUAUGCUUUGAGCAAGAUUGUUGCCAGCAAAGGAGGUUUUGAAAUGGUCACCAAAGAGAAGAAAUGGUCUAAAGUGGGUAGUCGCUUGGGAUAUCUGCCAGGAAAAGGAACUGGGUCUCUUUUGAAGUCACAUUAUGAAAGAAUUCUCUACCCAUAUGAGCUUUUCCAGUCUGGUGUGAGCCUUAUGGGUGUGCAGAUGCCUAAUUUAGAUCUUAAAGAAAAAGUGGAGCCUGAGGUUCUCAGCACUGAUACCCAAACUUCCCCAGAGCCAGGCACAAGAAUGAACAUUCUGCCGAAGAGAACAAGACGUGUGAAGUCUCAGUCAGAAUCUGGAGAUGUGAGUAGAAACACGGAACUGAAGAAACUUCAGAUUUUUGGGGCUGGGCCCAAGGUUGUGGGCCUGGCAAUGGGAACAAAAGAUAAAGAAGAUGAGGUCACCAGAAGACGAAAAGUUACCAACAGGUCAGACGCAUUUAACAUGCAAAUGAGACAACGGAAAGGCACUCUCUCUGUUAACUUUGUUGAUCUCUAUGUUUGUAUGUUUUGUGGUCGGGGAAACAAUGAAGAUAAAUUGCUUUUGUGUGAUGGAUGUGAUGACAGCUAUCAUACAUUUUGUCUAAUUCCUCCACUACCUGAUGUUCCCAAAGGAGACUGGAGGUGUCCUAAAUGUGUCGCUGAGGAAUGUAGCAAACCUCGAGAAGCCUUUGGAUUUGAACAAGCUGUACGAGAGUAUACACUUCAGAGCUUUGGAGAGAUGGCAGAUAAUUUUAAGUCUGAUUAUUUUAAUAUGCCAGUCCAUAUGGUUCCCACAGAAUUAGUAGAAAAGGAAUUUUGGCGGCUGGUAAGCAGCAUUGAAGAAGAUGUUAUUGUGGAAUAUGGAGCAGAUAUCUCCUCAAAAGACUUUGGAAGUGGAUUUCCAGUGAAGGAUGGGCGGAGAAAGAUGCUGCCAGAAGAAGAGGAAUAUGCACUUUCUGGUUGGAAUUUGAAUAACAUGCCUGUCCUGGAACAGUCUGUUCUUGCACAUAUUAAUGUGGACAUCUCUGGUAUGAAAGUGCCAUGGCUCUAUGUGGGAAUGUGUUUCUCUUCUUUUUGCUGGCACAUUGAAGAUCACUGGAGUUAUUCCAUCAACUACUUGCACUGGGGGGAGCCAAAGACAUGGUAUGGUGUGCCAUCUCAUGCUGCAGAACAACUGGAGGAGGUGAUGAGAGAGCUAGCCCCUGAGUUAUUUGAAUCCCAGCCUGAUCUUCUGCAUCAGUUAGUCACCAUCAUGAACCCCAAUGUGCUAAUGGAGCAUGGUGUGCCUGUGUACAGGACCAAUCAGUGUGCUGGCGAGUUUGUUGUGACAUUUCCUCGUGCCUAUCACUCUGGAUUUAACCAGGGCUACAACUUUGCUGAAGCUGUGAACUUCUGUACUGCUGACUGGUUGCCCAUUGGACGUCAAUGUGUAAAUCAUUACCGACGCCUAAGGCGCCAUUGUGUCUUUUCACACGAGGAACUCAUUUUCAAGAUGGCAGCAGAUCCAGAAUGCUUAGAUGUGGGGCUGGCUGCCAUGGUCUGCAAAGAAUUGACUCUCAUGACUGAAGAAGAAACACGAUUAAGAGAGUCUGUUGUACAGAUGGGUGUCCUGAUGUCAGAAGAAGAAGUGUUUGAACUUGUUCCUGAUGAUGAGCGGCAGUGUUCAGCAUGCAGAACCACGUGUUUUCUCUCUGCUCUCACAUGUUCCUGUAAUCCUGAGCGGCUUGUAUGUCUCCACCAUCCAACUGAUCUGUGCCCCUGCCCCAUGCAGAAGAAAUGUCUUAGGUAUCGCUACCCUUUAGAAGACCUCCCUUCUCUGCUAUAUGGUGUAAAAGUCAGGGCACAGUCCUAUGACACUUGGGUCAGUCGUGUUACAGAAGCAUUGUCUGCUAACUUCAACCACAAAAAAGAUUUGAUUGAAUUGCGAGUAAUGCUGGAAGAUGCUGAGGAUAGGAAAUACCCAGAGAACGAUCUCUUUCGAAAACUCAGGGAUGCUGUAAAAGAAGCUGAGACCUGUGCUUCUGUGGCUCAGCUGCUUCUGAGCAAAAAGCAGAAACACAGACAGAGCCCAGAUAGUGGGAGGACUCGGACCAAACUGACAGUGGAAGAAUUGAAGGCCUUUGUCCAACAACUUUUUAGUCUUCCGUGUGUCAUCAGCCAAGCUCGGCAAGUGAAGAAUCUGCUAGAUGAUGUGGAAGAGUUUCAUGAACGUGCUCAGGAGGCCAUGAUGGAUGAAACCCCAGAUUCUUCCAAACUCCAGAUGUUGAUAGAUAUGGGCUCUAGUCUCUAUGUGGAACUCCCUGAAUUACCACGACUGAAGCAAGAGCUACAACAGGCUCGGUGGUUGGACGAAGUAAGACUGACCUUAUCAGAUCCACAACAAGUCACUUUGGAUGUCAUGAAGAAACUGAUAGACUCUGGGGUAGGGUUGGCACCCCACCAUGCUGUGGAGAAAGCAAUGGCUGAACUACAGGAGCUCCUUACAGUCUCUGAACGAUGGGAAGAAAAGGCUAAGGUCUGCCUACAGGCAAGACCACGGCACAGUGUGGCAAGUUUAGAAAGCAUUGUGAAUGAAGCCAAGAACAUUCCAGCCUUUCUACCCAAUGUGUUGUCCUUGAAAGAAGCCUUACAAAAGGCUCGAGAAUGGACAGCUAAAGUGGAAGCUAUUCAGAGUGGCAGCAAUUACGCUUAUUUGGAGCAGCUUGAGAGCUUGUCUGCGAAAGGACGCCCUAUCCCUGUGCGGCUUGAAGCACUGCCGCAAGUGGAAUCACAGGUAGCAGCAGCACGAGCAUGGAGAGAACGGACUGGGCGUACCUUUCUUAAGAAGAAUUCUAGCCAUACGUUGUUACAGGUGCUGAGCCCCCGGACUGACAUUGGUGUAUAUGGGAGUGGCAAAAAUAGGAGGAAAAAAGCAAAAGAACUAAUAGAAAAAGAAAAAGAAAAGGAUCUGGACCUGGAGCCUCUGAGCGAUCUGGAGGAAGGAUUAGAGGAAACCAGAGAUACAGCCAUGGUGGUGGCAGUUUUCAAAGAACGGGAGCAAAAAGAGAUUGAAGCCAUGCAUUCUCUCAGAGCAGCCAACCUAGCCAAGAUGACAAUGGUGGACCGCAUAGAAGAAGUAAAAUUUUGCAUUUGCCGCAAGACAGCCAGUGGGUUUAUGCUACAGUGUGAGCUCUGCAAAGACUGGUUCCAUAACAGCUGUGUUCCUCUUCCUAAAUCAAGUUCCCAAAAAAAAGGAUCUAGCUGGCAAGCUAAAGAAGUAAAAUUCCUUUGCCCUCUUUGUAUGCGGUCUCGAAGGCCCAGGCUAGAGACUAUUCUGUCACUCCUGGUAUCCCUUCAGAAGUUGCCCGUGCGGUUGCCUGAAGGAGAGGCCCUACAGUGUUUGACAGAACGUGCUAUGAGUUGGCAAGAUAGAGCACGGCAGGCUCUAGCCACAGAUGAACUGUCCUCUGCCCUGGCCAAACUAUCUGUGUUGAGCCAGCGUAUGGUGGAACAGGCAGCUCGAGAAAAAACUGAAAAGAUCAUCAGUGCAGAACUCCAAAAAGCAGCUGCCAAUCCAGACUUACAGGGACACUUACCUAGUUUCCAGCAGUCUGCUUUUAACCGGAUGGUGAGCAGUGUGUCAUCUUCUCCUCGACAAACAAUGGACUAUGAUGACGAAGAAACAGACUCUGAUGAAGACGUUCGAGAGACAUAUGGCUACGACAUGAAGGACACAGCCAGUGUGAAGUCCUCUAGUAGUCUUGAACCCAAUCUUUUUUGUGAUGAAGAGAUUCCCAUCAAAUCUGAGGAGGUGGUGACCCACAUGUGGACAGCACCUUCAUUUUGUGCAGAGCAUGCUUAUUCUUCUGCUUCUAAGAGUUGUUCUCAAGGCUCUAGCACCCCAAGGAAACAACCUCGGAAGAGCCCUUUGGUGCCCCGAAGUUUGGAACCUCCAGUGCUGGAGUUGUCACCUGGAGCUAAGGCACAACUGGAAGAACUUAUGAUGGUUGGAGAUCUCCUGGAAGUAUCUCUGGACGAAACUCAACACAUAUGGCGGAUUUUGCAGGCCACACAUCCACCCUCUGAAGACAGAUUCUUGCAUAUCAUGGAGGAUGACAGCAUGGAAGAGAAACCAUUAAAAGUGAAAGGAAAGGACUCUUCAGAGAAGAAACGGAAACGGAAACUAGAAAAGGUAGAGCAGCUUUUUGGAGAAGGAAAACAGAAGUCCAAGGAGUUAAAGAAAAUGGACAAACCUAAAAAGAAGAAAUUAAAAUUAAGUGCAGACAAAUCAAAGGAGCUGAAUAAACUGGCCAAGAAACUAGCAAAAGAAGAAGAGAGAAAGAAAAAGAAGGAGAAGGCUGCUGCAGCCAAAGUUGAACUUGUGAAAGAGAGCACUGAAAAGAAAAGAGAGAAAAAGGUGCUGGACAUCCCCUCAAAGUAUGACUGGUCAGGAGCAGAGGAGUCUGAUGAUGAGAAUGCUGUAUGCGCAGCACAGAACUGCCAAAGGCCCUGUAAGGACAAGGUAGACUGGGUACAAUGUGAUGGUGGCUGUGAUGAGUGGUUUCAUCAAGUUUGUGUAGGUGUAUCUCCAGAAAUGGCUGAAAAUGAAGAUUACAUCUGUAUAAACUGUGCAAAGAAGCAGGGGCCAGUUAGCCCAGGUCCAGCACCACCUCCUUCCUUCAUAAUGAGCUACAAACUACCAAUGGAGGAUCUUAAAGAGACCAGUUAGCAGAUGUUUGGUUAGUUUGGGACAUGGGGGGACAUGGACCACAUUGAGACCUUAGUCAUCAAGUAGAGUGGUUUAUAUCCACUUGGAAGGUUGCUUCCAAAGAUGAAUGGCCUUCAGAGAAAGUCCUCUUAGUGCUGGCUUCCUCUUUGCCUGGACUCUGUGGGUUACAUUCUCUAUCAACAUAUCUAUGCAGAGGGUGUCUUCUUUGGUACAACAGCCAAUAUUUCAUGUCUCCUUUGAGUGUGGUUUACUGCAUUAAGGCCAGAUGCUUGAUUGAGCUCUAGGGUGGCUGGUUAGUAUUAAUACAUUGGUGUGCUAACAGGGCAUAUAGGAUGUGGCUUUUGUCCAGCUGAUAGUAGUUAGAGGCUUACAACUUAGGAGCAGCACCAACUGAAGGUGCUAAUUGCUUGGAUCUCCUUCAUUGGAAUAGUUGGAGAGGGAUUGGAGUACCACUUUCCUUCCACUGUUACCUGGUACUUAAAUGCCCUAAAGAUAAAACUAGGAGUAACAGGGCCAAAGUUAUUUCUGUUAGACGUCAAGGAAUGGUAUCACAGUCUAUUGACCUCAGCAAUUUGUGCUUGUUUGUGCUAGAAGAACACCCUAAAUAGAAGAACCUCUCACCAGCUGGGGCAGGUCACCUUAUCUUUGUAAGGAUGAGGAUGUCAUCUAGAUCAGAAAUCUGACUAGAUUGGAUUCUGGGGAGAAGAACCUACUACAAGGCAAGGAGCCGUUUUUUGGCUUUGAAAAGUCUUGCUGUCUUGGGUCUACAUUUUAGGGAAGAGCAGGUACAUGGAUCCAGGCUUCCGCCAAAAAAAAAGAGAAGAAGAUGACGAUGAUGACCAGUCAUACUAUCUUACUGAGCCACAGUGAUGCAUGCUUUUCCGGGAAAACUUCAUUCACAAGUAUUCCAGACACCAGGCUUCAGGCAUGGCCAUGAGCAAGACCAGCAAAUAACAGCUUUUUGCCUUGCAGCCCUGACCCCAAUGUCUGCUGUUUCCAACACCGGCAAUUUCUAACUACGGCCCACAGCAGAUGCUGUUGAAUAACACCAUGGCUUCAUCAGAGGAUGUGGGGUUGUAGUACCUCUGGGUGAUGAAGUUGUUUUAGUAAAUCCAUUUUU